UCGAGCUCUAGAACGAUUUAAAUCGUCUCGGAGUAACGUUGGGAAGCUCGUCACGGUGGAAAAAUAAUGCAACCUUUUCGCGAUGAUACUCUGUUUGCCUGUCUAAACGUUGAAAAGAAACAUAGAAUUUUGCAAAAAGAAAAUAAAGAGUUCGGGGACAAAGAUAAUGACGUGAAUAAGUCGAAACUGUCACAUUCUGCAAUCAAAAGAGAAAUACUAAGAAAGGAUGAGUCUGACAUCGGAAAGUAUUUCGACGACAGUGUUAUAUCUCUUAAUGUUAAUAGCGGGAAGAAUUCGACGUCAAAUAUUUUGAAAAAGGACAAAAUUCUCAUAUCCCAAAAUAAUAGAAAUUCUUAUAAAAUAAGCAGUAAAAACACUAAUGUGAACUGUUUGAAUAAGAAACGUCCUUUUAAUACUAUAAAAGAAAAUGAUGAGCUUAACAUAGAACAUUUUCAGAAAAAUAAGUUUCGUGAUAAUGAAAAAGAUACAAUUAGUAAUAGCUAUGUUGCAACAUCAGCUAAUAAUUGUACAUAUGACAAAGAGAGUUCAGGUAGCAUUUUGUAUUUGCCUCUUUGUACUCAGGAUCGAUGCAAAUUAGGAUCAUGGGGUUUACCACCAAAUAUUCUUCAGAAAUAUAUUGCUCAUGGAGUUGAAAAUAUGUUUACAUGGCAAAUGGAGUGUUUGUCAAACCAUAAGAUAAUGCAGGAUAAACAGAAUCUUGUAUAUUCUGCACCUACUUCGGCAGGAAAGACUCUUAUUGCUGAAAUCCUUUUAAUCAAGACUGUCUUAGAAAGGCAGAAGAAAGUAAUUUUUAUUUUACCAUUUGUUUCUGUUGUCAGAGAAAAGAUGUAUUAUUUCCAAGACUUAUUGUCUGAUAGUGGAAUAAGAGUGGAGGGGUUUAUGGGAGGUGCUGCACCACCCGGAGGAUUCGCUGCUACUCAGAUUGCAAUAGCAACCAUAGAAAAAGCAAAUUCUUUGGUAAAUCGUUUGAUGGAAGAGAACGAUCUGAGCAGUCUGGGAGCUGUGGUAAUAGAUGAAUUGCACUUACUUGGCGAUACUCAUCGUGGCUAUCUUCUGGAAUUGCUCCUAACGAAAUUGAAGUAUAUGACUAUUCGCAACGACGAUAUUAAUAUACAACUGAUUGGCAUGUCAGCCACAUUGCCAAACCUAUCUUUGUUAGCUAAAUGGUUAGAUGCUGAAUUGUAUAAAACUGAAUUUCGCCCCAUACCUUUGAAUGAGUAUUGUAAGAUAGGGCCAAAUAUAUAUGACAACAAGUUUAGUCUCGUUAGAAAAUUAGCAGUAUUGCCAGAAUUGGAAGCGGAUGCAGAUAAUAUUCUUCAGCUUUGUAUCGAGACGAUAAACGCCGGCCACAGCGUAUUAAUUUUCUGUCCUACAAAGAAAUGGUGUGAGAAAUUGGCGCAACAACUCGCAGCAACUUUCUUCAAGUUAGGUUGUGGAAAUACCACGUCCGGAGAAAUGUUGAAAAAGGAGAUCAAUCCUGAGUUGAUCUACGAAACUUUGGAGCAGCUAAAGCGCAGUCCAAGUGGCUUGGACAGUAUUUUGAAGAGCACGAUCUCGUUCGGCAUCGCUUUUCAUCAUGCCGGGCUCACGAUGGAAGAGCGCGACAUCAUAGAAGGAUCGUUCAGAACUGGAUCCUUGAGAGUUCUCAUAGCGACGUCGACAUUAAGCAGCGGUGUGAACUUACCCGCGCGAAGAGUAAUCAUAAGAUCGCCCAUGUUUGGUUCUAAUUUGCUGAACACUUUGACUUACAAACAGAUGAUAGGACGUGCUGGCCGCAUGGGGAAAGACAGUACAGGAGAAAGUAUAUUGAUAUGCAAGCCGAACGAACGCAAUGCGGCGACAUCGUUGCUGUCUGCGACUUUAGACCCGAUUGAGUCCUGCCUCAACAAUUCCACACUAUUGAUAAGAGCGCUUUUAGAAGCCAUAGCCAGCGAGGUUUUGUACACCUCGGAAGAUUUAGAAUUAUAUAUCAAUUGCACUUUGCUGAGCUUGAGCGAUCCCUCUGACGUGCAAACUUUCUCCAAUAAAGCGAUUAAAUUCUUAUUGGACAAUGAAUUUUUAUUAUUACAGACUACAGAGAAAGAAUCCCGGUGGAUAGCGACGUCGCUUGGAAAAGCGUGCCUGGCCGCUUCCGUACCUCCCAGGGAAGGAUUGUUCCUGUUCGAGGAGUUACAAAAGGCCAGAAGAUGCUUCGUUUUGGACACAGAACUGCACGUGGUUUAUCUGGUGACACCACUUAGUACCGGUAGUCAAAUCGAAAAUGUUGACUGGAUGACGUUUCAUGAAUUGUGGAACACGAUGUCGGAAAGCGAGCGCAGAGUUGGUAGGCUCGUCGGAGUGGAAGAGCGCUUCCUAUUGUCGGCUAUUCGAGGAAUUGUUAGAUCUGGGAAAUUGUUGAAUAUACAUAAGAGAUUCUACAGUGCGUUGGCACUACACGAGUUAGUGAACGAAGUUCCGCUCAAUGCGGUUUGCAAAAAGUACGGCUGUUGCCGCGGAGUAUUGCAAACAUUGCAGCAGUCCGCCUCUACGUACGCUGGUAUGGUCACGCAAUUUUGCAAGCAGUUGCGCUGGGACUGCAUGGAGUUGUUGAUCAGUCAAUUUCAAACGAGAUUGCAGUUCGGCGUCUGCAGGGAACUGCUGGAUCUGCUGCGUCUUCCAAUGUUAAAUGGUCUGCGAGCGAGAAGCCUGUACAAGCAAGGGAUAACGUGCGUUGCGGACUUGGCUGUCGCCAACGAACUUAACGUCGAACGCGCACUUUAUAAUGCUCUUCCUUUUGAAAGUGAGAAAGAUCAAGAAGGAGAAUAUGCACUUGAGACGGAAAAAAGAAAUAAAGUGAGGACAGUGUUUGUCACCGGAAGAGACGGGCUCACACCGCAGCAAGCGGCAAUUCUGUUGGUCCAAGAGGCACGGGUGUUGGUACAGAAAGAGCUGGGACUUGAACAACUUCCGUGGGAGCAAAACGAGCGAUCUCUGCAAGUAAAUACACAGGCAGGAAAUAUUAAGGAUACGCCCAGUACCCAAGAACAAUCUCAGGUGAGGAUAGAUACAGACGGUUCAACGUCUACAAAAGAAGGAGUAUCCGUCGCGGAAAAUUCGCUAUGUAGUAAGCCUGCGAGUAGGGAAAAUCAAAAGGGUGACAUUUCCAGCACAAAUACAUGCAAAGAAACCGUCGAAACUAAACUCGUACUCGAAAAAAAGAAAAUGAGUGAAUCACUUAUAAGCUUGGAGAAUGAUCAAGAUUCGUCAAAUUUUCGUGACAUAAGCAGUCCUGAUCUGAUAGAGGACGAUGAAGAUUUAAACAAUUCUAAAGAGAAGGAAAAUGAUUCUGAAAUUGACAACAGCAGCAAGACGAAGAGAAGAAACAAAGAAGAGAAAGAUAUUACAUUGAACAUGCCUAAGAAGAAAUUAAAGAUCUCGAGUUCAAACCGAGUCGAAAAUAUCGACGAGAAACAAACAGACAAAAAUACAAGCGUGUCUAUUCUGAACACACACGUCAAGUCAUCAUGUUCGAGGAGUCCCAGUCUGUUUGACGACAGCUUGAAUCUCGACACCCAGAUGUGUGACAUUCUCGAGCAAAAUGUCAUGGACUUAUCUGGACUGGAGGACUCCAGUGCAUUCGAGAGCAGGUCGAACGUUACAAGUACGUUGCAAAAGAAAUCUGUGGGUCCGAGCGACGACAGUGUGCAAACGUGCAAUGACAAUAACUCAGAUGCGCACGUUCCAGCAGACACGGCUCAUUUGCUACCCAAGAACAGCGUGUUGUCGUGGGACGACGACUCGUGGAACAGUUUCGCGGAGCUGUCGAAGAAGGUGGUCGAAAAUAACGUUCAGAAUAUGAGUAAAGAAGUAUUCCAAGGCAAAAUCAAAGACAUCGUGAACACGAGUGCAUCCAUCAUUCCAAGAAAUGUGAAGGCUCAAAAUAACAAAGAAGAUCCGUGUGACAUGGGCGUAAAAAAAAGCACGACUGUCGCGUCUAAUAAGGAGAAAGCGUUGCUAAAGUCCAAAUUACUGAAGAUAACGAGCUCACAAUCGCCUGUGACGAAUGUAAUCGUUUUCAGGGGAAGCGAGCGGAAAACGUCCGUGGAUUCCAACAGAUCCGAUUCGGACAAUAUCAUCGUUGCUUCACAGCACUUUGAGUCUCCGUUCAGCGGUAACAAGAAUCGAACGAAGACGCAGUUGGAGAGGAGAAUACACACGAUGCGUUCGCAGAAGCUUACCGAGAACACUAAGGAAAUGAAUAAUCGUGUUAAUUCUCCCAUGGGAGGUGUACCGAGCGGCGCAGCAGAAGACAGCGCACAGAAGAGGAUGAAGCCGAAGUUGAAAGAAAUUUUGCCGCAAGAUUUCGCCUCGGGUAGCGUCAUAUACGAUUCCGAAGAGGAAGCAGCGGUCGGCUCGACAAAGCCGGUUUUCAGAGUCAUACAACGGCACGAGACGCAGCUGAGUGUGUCAAGGGAAAAAGUGAAGCCGAAGAUAGAGAUCGUAUCGCGAUCCGAUAACAAUAUGGAUCUGUCGAGCGAGACUGUAGAUUGGAACACGUUGAACAUCGUGAAAGUGGCGAACAAUAGGGCGAUUUUCAGUCUGUUCAAGCGCGAGGUAUUGAAGAAACGAAGCGUCGCGUUCGCCUUGCAUUGCGACGCAUACAACACGAAUAACAUAGGAUCGAGGGUCUGUGUCACCGACUCAGGGAAGAAACGAAAACUAAAGAAGCCCGUAAAUUAUACGUAUGGCAGCACAGAGAUUCGCGGUGCUGCGAUCUCCUGGGAAAAAAAUAUCGCGUAUUAUAUUUCGCUCAUUAACGCGCAAGAUUCUAAAAUCUCCGUCAAGGAACAAAUGAUUCUGUUGAAAGAGUUGCUUUCUGACACAGCUCUAUACGUGAAAUGUUUCGCGGCAAAGAACACGUAUAAACUAUUGUAUCUUUGUUGUGGAAUCUCGGCUAAAUGCAGAUUCCUCGAUCCGAUGAUUGCACAUUGGUUAUAUACCAAUAGCUCUGAGAGAAAUUUCAACGAAAUGGUGAUGCAAUAUUUUCCUGAAGGGAACUUCAUAAUGAAGCGCACUAAUUCUUAUAGCAACGUAGGCCCUGGGAUGGAUAUGCGAAGUUCUUUACCAGGCGAGUUUAGAUCAGCCGCAGAAGCCGUGCUCAUAUGGCACAUGGCGGAUAGUAUUACAAAUAAAUUGGAAGAACUCAAUCCUGUGCUACUUCAUACAUUUAGAGACACAGAAAUGAGAAUAGCGGCGAUUUUAGCUUGUAUGGAAUUAUCAGGUAUCGGCGUGAAUGUGAAAACACUGCAAGAACUGUCGUCGGUUGUUUUAAACGAAAUGCAAUCUUUAGAAACAAAAGCUUAUGAUUUAGCAGGUAGGAAAUUUAAUUUAUCGUCGUCCAAGGAAGUUGGACAGGUACUAGGAUUAUAUAAAGAUAAAAAAGUCAGUACGAGUAAGGCAGUUUUGGAGAAAUGUGACAACCCGAUAUCACGUCUCGUGAUUUUAUGGCGGAAACUAAGCGCGACAAAAACCAAAAUCAUCUACCCGUUGUUAAAUCUGUCUCAACAAGAUUCUCGUAUUCAUGGCAAUUGUUUAACUUGCACAGUGACAGGCAGAGUCUCGAUGCAGGAACCAAAUCUGCAGAAUGUACCGAAGGAUUUUCGUUUCGGCGAUAAUAAUCUCGUUGUGGGCGUAAGAAAGGCGUUUGUACCGGCUUUAGGCAACGUAAUGCUGUCUGCAGACUACUGCCAACUCGAAUUACGCCUCUUGACUCACUUUUCACAAGAUUUGGUACUAUGUGAAAUUAUGAAACAGCAGGGUGACAUCUUCAAAAAUAUUGCUGCCAAAUGGAAUAAUGUAACGGAAGAAGAGGUAACCAAUGAGAUGCGUCAGCGCACGAAACAAUUAUGCUACGGCAUGAUUUACGGCAUGGGAGUGAAGUCGCUGGCUGAAAAUCUAUGUAUAAGCGAAGCCGACGCUCAGCACUUUUUAGAAUCUUUUAUGAGCGCGUAUCCCGGCAUAUAUAAAUGGCUGGACGUCACGUUGGAGAAAGCACAUCAUGAUGGAUACGUGACCACGUUACUCGGAAGGCGUAGACAACUUCCGGACUUGAGAAGUACGAAGUCGUCUACGAGAGCUCAAGCGGAACGGCAAGCUGUAAAUACAAAAGUGCAAGGCUCCGCGGCAGACAUAGUUAAGAAAGCUAUGAUAAAUAUAGAAGAAAGAAUGAGGCAAAACUUUCCGGACUCGGCUGUAAUAUUUCCCGAGGUGCAAGAUGCUCGUAAACUAAGGAGCAACGGUCGAGAUAUGUUACAAAGGGGUGGUUACUUGGUUUUACAAUUACACGACGAAUUGUUAUAUGAGGUAAAUUUAGCAGACUUGAAAGAAGUCGCUAUAAUAAUUAAAGAGUCGAUGGAAGAAGUGUGUCAACUUACUGUGCCAUUACCCGUGAAAGUGAGAGUUGGGCCUGCAUGGGGUAGUUUAACUGAUUAUAAAUUUUAGAAGUUUUUUAAUUAUUAUAUAUUAUCUCUUGUGUUUUUAUAUUUCGAUUUUUAUAUAUUUUUGAUAAUUGAUCACGCGCUGGAUUACGUAUGAAUCAUGUCAAUAUUUACAAGUAGAUGUUUUACAUAAUAUUUAUCUUUUAUAUUUAUGAAGAUUGUAAAUAUUCUUAUUCUAUUUUAAUCGAUUAUUUCAAUUCCUCUGCCAUUUACAUAUUAUGUACUCGAGGAACAAAAAAAUCAAGGUGAUAAGCAAGAUUGCAAACAAUAUUUAUA